GCGUGUACAUUGCAAAAUUGUCUGUCUGCGAACAUAUAUCACCCUGACAGAUGCGACAAGUUCGUCAAGGCUUUGUAUCUCUGCUGUGACGAAAUGUACAAAAAAGAUGGUAAGGAUGCGGAGUCGAGCGCUUGUCCCAUGCAGAGCGUUGUGGAGCGUUGGUUGAAGAGGCAC